AUGGCCUUGUCUGUAACGGACCUCUUAAUUGGAAAACUUGCGACCAUUCUUGAGUACGAAGGAACAACCAUAGCAGGUGUUCGUCAUGAAGUUGAUAAGAUUAAGGAGGAGUUUCUAAGCAUGAAAGCUUUCCUAGUGGAUGCGGAGGCCAACAAACCAAAAACUGAAGGACAGAAAUUGUGGGUUGCAAGAAUCAGAGACUUAGCCUAUGAUGUUGAAGAUAUCAUUGAUGAAUUCAUGUAUCACAUGUAUGAGAAGCAAAGUGGGGGUCGACUUUCAAGGGGGCUACAAAAAACCAUUCGCGCUCCAUGUAAUAUUUGGUUCAGGCAUAAAAUUGCAAAGAAGUUGCGGAAAAUUACUGACAUGAUCAAAGCCAUUUCAGAGAGGAAUAAAAGAUACGGUGUUGGCCUUGUAGGAGGAGCAACUACAUCCGAAGAUAUUCAGAAAUUGGUGCAGAACCAAGCGGAGUCUUCGUUUUUCAUUAUGGAAGACGAACUGGUUGGGAUUGAAGGCAAGAAGCAGAUACUAAUGGGAUGGCUAAUGGAUGACGAGCAACACCAAACUGUUAUAUCUGUGGUGGGCAUGGGAGGUUCUGGAAAGACAACUCUAGUUGCCAAGACCUUCACCAAUGAACUGGUAAAGAGAAAUUUUGAUUGUUAUGCAUGGAUUACUGUUUCCCAAACUUAUGAUGUGGUACACUUGUUUCGAAGCUUGAUAAGGGAACUCUACAAAUCAAGGAAGGAAAAUUUCCCUGCAAUUUUGAAUGCCAUGAGCCGCAUAGAAUUGCUAGAGUUACUAGUUGACUACUUGGAGUCCAAAAAAUACCUAGUUGUUCUAGAUGACGUGUGGGAUGUAAAAGUAUGGAGAGAAAUAAAGGUAUCACUUCAAGAUAGACAACUUGGAAGUCGAGUCGUACUUACAACUCGAAAUGAAGAAGUAGCAUCCAACUCUUUUGGAGUUGAAAGCUAUGUUUACCGUAUUCAGCCCCUGCAACAGAAUGAGGCUUGGGAACUCUUCAGCAGGAAAGCAUUCUCAACUAAGCCACAAAAAACUUGUCCAACUGAACUGAAGUCAUUAGCUUGCCAACUUGUGGAGAAGUGUGAAGGCCUUCCUCUCGGCAUUGUGGCUUUAGGUGGUCUUAUGUGUUCUAAGAAGUCGCUGGAUCAAUGGCAACAAGUCUGCAACAACUUGAAUUGGUAUCUACAUAACCAUUCAUCGCUAGACCCUGUGAGAAACAUUUUGUUGCUGAGUUUCAAUGAUUUGCCAUCUCAACUGAAGCAUUGCUUCCUCUAUUGUUCCCUUUUUCCAGAAGAUUAUCUAUUUAAAAGAAAAAGGCUGAUUAGAUUGUGGAUAGCAGAAGGAUUUGUUGAAAAUGUGAAAGGGGUCACACCCGAAGAAGUUGCAGAUGGCUAUCUUUGCGAACUCUACUCCCGUAGCAUGUUACAAGUUGCAAAUGGGUUUGUUUCCGGAGCACCUUUGGGAAGGCCGAAAAAAUUUAAGAUGCAUGAUCUGAUGCGAGAGCUUGCUUUGUCGACAGCCGAAAAAGAAAAGUUUGGUUAUGUAUACGACGGGAGAGAAGUUACGGAAGAGAUCUCAACCCGUCGCUUGUCAAUUCACAGAAUGAAAGGAGAAAUUAAAUCAUGGAGGGAUAUGUCAAAGAUUCGUUCUCUUCUUGUAUUUGACACUGACAUGUUCUCAUUGUCUUUCUUAAAUACACUGGUUUCUCGAUUCAAAUUGUUGAGGACUCUAGACUUGGAGGACGUCCAAAUUGAUAAACUGCCCGGUGCAGUUUUCUACUCGUUCAACUUGAGAUAUUUAAACUUGAGGGGCACUUUAAUCGAGGAACUUCCAGAGUCCAUAAGGCAUCUCCGCAACCUUCAAUUUCUGAACAUCAGGAAUACUAAGAUAGAGUCACUUCCACAAGGAAUUACGAGGUUGAUGAAUCUGCGCAAUCUAAUUAUGUUUCGCUACAUUGGGAACCUGUACUUCAAAGUUGGGUCCUUCAAAGUUGGGAGUGGGACAAAAGUGCCAUCAAAUAUUUGUAAGUUGCAGAAAUUGCAAAGUAUAUCAAUGAUUGAAUCAGAAGGGGACACUAGUAGACUCCUCGCGAUCGGUAACAUGACUCAACUUAGGAGCAUCAGCAUAUCGAAUCUGAAAGAAAGAGAUGAGAUUGACCUUUGGGUCUCAGUUCAAAAGUUGACUCUGCUUCAAUCUAUGGGUUUAAUGGCAAGUAAUGAAGAGGAAAUUCUUCCGGUGAAAGCAGAAUGUCCACCUCUUCCGCACCUUCGAAAGCUUGCUUUGGCUGGGAGACUGCAAAAUGUAAUACCUUGGUUUUCUUCACUGCAUAGCCUCACAACUCUGAUUCUGCAUUGGUCAAGACUUGAAGAGGAUUUACUACCUCAAAUUGAAGCACUGCUCAAUCUAACAAGGCUUAAUCUUUGUAAUGCAUAUGUUGGGGAAGAGUUGUGUUUCCGCAGGGGCUUUGCAAAGCUGAUGAGCUUGGAGUUGUUGAAUUUUGCCUCGGUGAAAAAGAUAACUAUAGAAAAAGGGGUGAUGCCAAAUCUCCGGUACUUAUGGGUUAACGGCUUCAUGGAGUUGAAGACAGUGCCAUUGGGCCUUGAAUACCUUUCUACUCUACAAUAUUUGGGCCUAAAAGAUGUUACUAUGGAAGUUAUAACGCCUAUUCGGAAAGGAGGUGUGGAUCGCUAUAAAGUACAACACAUUCCUGAGAUCAUACAUGUUUACGAACAGUCAUCUAAGUGGGUCCACGAAAACUUGGCCUAGUAUUUCUUUCUCCUGAAAGAAUCAAUCAAGUCCGGCAAGUAUAUAUUGAAGUAGAUUUGACUCAGUUUGAUGAAGAAUCCUUUCUGUACAUGUGGGAAGAUGCAAGGACCAAUCUCGGUUUGUCUUUUGCCUCUUCAAGAAAGUUUCUGUUGUUGUACUUAUUAUUGUUUGUUUGCAUUGGCAUGUAAUAAUGUUGGAUCGAAUGCCACU